AACACACUUCAAGAUAUGUGAUGGUUCACUUACAAGAGUUGUACCGAGGAAUGCCCGAGAAAUAUAUAUUACCAUUGCAAUAUUAUAGCUGACAAUUUUAUCCUUACCGCUGGUUGUUCGCUAGGUUACUUGUAGCUCAACAAGCAAAUAAACAUGGAUGUGCAUUUCUAGUUGUGGAUUGGCAUGGAUUUCUUGGGUUUCUGCAUUCUGUUAUGCGACUUCUCAGGUACAUCUUGUUACUUUGAAAUCCUCUAAAUGCCAUAAAGUUUGUGUUAAAGAUGCUUGAACAGUUGCAAAUCUCAUUAGGCCAUUCUCAUCGAGGUUAGUAUUUUCUAACUAGUCUGUUUACAAUUUUGAAAAUUUGAGGAGACAUUCAACUUGUCCACCAAACAUCUACCUAAUAGGCACUUGACUAAAGAGAAUGAGAAGCUGUUUUUAGCGUGACUUCUAUGUAGCUUCAAGUGCCCAUCAUUAAGCUUGCUUGCUUACACGAAAGAAAAAGUAUAAGAUUAGGCUUUUUCUUUGACUUUUGUCCAUUGUUUCAGAUAAUGAUAAUUUUCAUGCCAAUUAUAGAUGUCAGUUCAAAAAAAUACAAAGUCUAUCUUUCAGAUAUGAACAGCAGUUACUUAUUAGCAUUUAGUUCUCUUUGAUGGCUAAAAAUCUUUAAAGCUUCUUCCCCCUCUUCUUGAAAUGCCAUGUUUCAUACAUCUCAAAUCUAUUCUCCUUCUGCAUUUAGCAUAGCAUUCACUAGUGCCACAUGAUAUGCUUCUACUUAAUGAUAUUUGAAAUUGUUUUUUUUAAGUACAAUGUUGACAUUUGUUUGUUAGAUUAUGCUAAUGAAUGGAAAACAGAAAUUAAUGAUGAUUUCUUUAAUUGAGUAACUCAACCAAACAUCUGUUUGGGUAUAUGUAUCCAUCUGUGCUUCAUUAGCAACAAAACCCUACUGAGUGCUAUAAUCCUGAAUCUGUCAUUAAAUUCAUUUGACUUGAAUGUACCAUUAAGAAAACUCAGAAUCACUCAAGCCAUCAUACAGUGUGACCAACUUGAUAAGGGUCUAGCCAGCUCGAUCGUGCCGACGACAUAGGUGACGAAGAACCGACCGACUUGAUGCCCACACUCACACUCUGCAACCCUGCACACAAAGUGCAUGACACAAGCAAAAAAGGCUCACACAAAUCUCCUCCCAAACUUAACCAUUUCCCUGCAAAUGCUUCAAAACUCCCACCACCUUACUACCACCAUUCAUUCAGUGCUGCGACAGCAACUGAUACUAGUUAUUAAUCCUUCACUCUCUCACAAAUCUUUGCUAUUUAAUUCAUCGCCAGACAAUUGCUUCAGCUCUUUGGAAUCACGAAACAUGGCAGUGAGCGAGAGGCUGCAGCAGCAGCAGCAGCAGCUGCCGGCGGCCGAGAAGAAGCCCCGGUUCCGACCACCUUUGCCUGUGAAGACCGUCGUCCUCCUCGCCGCGGCCUGCUUCUUCCUGGGCCUGCUCCUUAGCAGCGGAAUCAGCAGCCUGGUGGCUUCCGAAAACAGAGCGGGAAUUGCCUGCGACUCCAAAGAUUGCGACCGGAAACGUAGAUUGGAGGAGGCGAAGACCGGAGACGUGAUGGAUCAAGUGUCGAGAACUCAUCAAGUCAUCCAAGCACUGGACAAAUCGGUAUCGAAACUGGAGAUGGAACUGGCAGUUGGAAGGAUGAGACUGAACGGAGGAAGAGGAGGAGGAAGAGGAGGCGGCAGUUACAAUAAGCAGCUGAAAAAGGCGUUCGUGGUCGUCGGAAUCAACACAGCUUUCAGCAGCCAGAAAAGGCGGGAAGCCGUUAGGGCUACGUGGAUGCCCACAGGAGCGAAGCUGAAGAGGCUGGAGGAGGAGAAGGGGGUGGUGGUGCGAUUCGUGAUCGGGCACAGCGCGACGUCGGGGGGAGCCGUCGACCGCGCCAUCGACGAGGAAGACGCGGAGACGAAGGACUUCCUCCGGCUCGAUCACUUAGAAGGAUACCACAAGCUCUCCGCCAAGACCAGAGCCUUCUUCUCGACCGCCGUCGCCAUUUGGGACGCCGAUUUCUUCGUCAAGGUCGACGACGACGUGCAUCUCAAUUUAGGGAUGCUCGUCGCCACGCUUGCCCAAUAUAGAAACAAGCCCAGAGUGUACAUCGGCUGCAUGAAAUCCGGUCCGGUUCUAUACCAAAAGGAUGUUAAAUACCAUGAGCCGGAAUUUUGGAAAUUUGGAGAAGAAGGGAACAAAUAUUUCAGACACGCCACUGGCCAAAUCUAUGCCAUCUCCAAAGACCUUGCGUCAUAUAUCUCCAUUAAUGCGCCGAUACUUCAUAAAUAUGCAAACGAAGAUGUCUCGUUGGGUUCGUGGCUGAUCGGAUUGGAAGUCAAACACAUUGACGAGCGGAGAAUGUGUUGCGGAACACCUCCCGGUAAAGUUACCCGCAAUCGAGUUGGAAGUUUUCGAAAAACACCCCCUGAAAAUUUUGAUUUGAUGGGUUUGAUGGUAGAUUGCGAGUGGAAGGCGGAGUCCGGUAAUUUUUGCAUCGCCUCGUUUGACUGGCCGUGCAGCGGAGUGUGCAAGCCGGUGGAGAGGAUGAAGGAGGUGCACGGCACGUGCGGAGAGGCGGCUGAGGCGAUUUGGAACGUGGCGCUCUGAAUUAUUAAAUCACUUUUAAGAGACUAAUUAAUUAGUUAAGUUAAUUAAUUUGUACCUCGAAUUAAAGAUAAUAAGAAGAGACAGAUGUUUCGUGGGAAAUGAUUUCAUAUAAUUGAA